GUUGCGAUAAUACACCACAACCACUGAAAAACGGCAACUUUACAAUGUGCUGUGGAAAACAAUCGUAUGAUUCUACAGUGAACGUUUGCUGCGAUCAACUGAUUGUAAGCAAACGCACUGGAAAGACGGAUGAUAAUUGUUGUUGUGGCAAUACUACUAUGAAUACAGCCAGAGAGGUCUGUUGUAACGGAGUUCCACAGCCAAUUGUCGCUGGCACAAUCACAAAAUGCUGUCAAGACCGCAGUUAUGACGAAAAUGAAUACUUGUGCUGCGAUGGAAUUCGUCUGACGAAAACAUCGUCUGCCGGUGAUAAUGUAUGUUGUGGCUCAGCUACAAUGAACACCAAAUCACAGAUCUGUUGUUCGGGUGUCGCAUGCAAAUUGGUCGCUGGCGACAAAACUCAGUGUUGUAAAGAUCAGAGUUACGAUCCUGCAAAUCAGAUGUGUUGUAACACGACUAUUAUAUCCAAAAACGGCAAGGAGGAUGACUGCUGUUGUGGAAGUGGAACAUUCAAUGCCAAAACGCAACUAUGCUGCGGAGGUAAGCCAAGAAAUAAGCCCCAAAAUGCAGGCCUAUACACGUCAUGUUGUGGCGUAGAGGUUUAUGACACAAGGACCGCUGUUUGCUGCUCCGACGGACCUAGGAAUAAGAAAGACCCUAGCGACGACACAUGUUGUGGUACAACAACCAUGAAUGCUGCAAACGAGAUUUGUUGCAAUGGAGUCGCCUGCAAACGUGUAGCAGGCGAUAAAACAAAAUGUUGUGCAAAGGCCAGCUAUGAUCCUGCAAAACAGAUCUGUUGCAAUGACACGGUAAGGCAAACGCGAGCUGAAACAGACGAUUGUUGCUGUGGAGAAACUACAUUGACGUCAGCGAAAGAAAUAUGUUGUCUCGGAAACCCACAACCAGCUCUCAGCGCGGCAUACAGUUGUUGUGGUAAAGUAAGUUAUAACACUGAGACGCACUUGUGUUGCGAAACCGAUAAGCCAAUCAAAAAAGACAAACCAAAUCACAACUGGUGUUGCGGCUGUUGCAGUACAUACGACACGCGUACAGAAAUUUGCUGCAACGAUAUGCCGCAACCGAAAAUGGGAGAUCUCACUAACUGCUGCAACAAUGUAAGUUACAGCAUCGUUUCUGAAAUAUGUUGCGAUCAAAUGGUUCGAUCAAAGAAGAACAACGAUGACGACUGUUGCUGCGGGAAAACCACGGUUAACACUAAAACUGAAAUCUGCUGCGAAGGACAACCGCAACCCGGGGGGAACCGUCACGAUUGUUGUGGAAAAGUCAGCUAUUCUAUUGAUGAUUCUAUAUUGCUGUGAAGGUGGGCUUAGGAAAAAGCGUGAUAAGAAAGAUAACUGUUGUUGUGGCAAUACAACUAUAAAUACCGAUACCGAGAUAUGUUGCGGUCAAGCUCCACAGCCUAAAACGAACGGCGACAAGACAAAGUGUUGUGGCAAAACAUCAUAUGACUCGGAUGGAUACGUUUGUUGUGGGAAUAAAAUUGUAAAGAAAGAUAGUAAAACUGAUAACUGGUGUUGUGGCGAUAAGGCGAUAGAUACAUCUACUGAAAUAUGUUGCAACGAUCAACCAUGUGAUUCUAUUGCGGGGCCAAAUACCUUGUGCUGUGGAACACGUUGCUAUAAUCCAGCGGAACAAAUUUGUUGCGAUAAUUUCGGUCUGAGGAAGAAGACAACCGCAGAUGACAAUUGCUGCUGUGGAAACUCAACAAUCAAAUCACCAGACCAGAUAUGCUGUCUAGGAACACCAGCAAAAUCGUAUGGACCUACCACAGAAUGCUGUGGUGUCGAUAGUUACGAUACCACUACUCAUUUAUGUUGUGAUGGUAUGAAAGUGAACAAGCAAGAUAAAUCACACGACUGCUGCUGCAAAAGUACAACAUUUAGUUCGCUUCAACACAUUUGUUGCGGGGAUAAAGUCAAAGUUUUACAAUCCGGUGGACCUGCGUACACAACGUGUUGUAAUGAUGAAAGUAUGAGUGUCGUGACUCACUUAUGCUGCGAAGGGAAAAUGGUGGCUAAAAAUACCAACGCAGACGAUUGUUGUUGUGGUAAAACAACUAUGGAUGCUGCAAGUAAGGUUUGUUGCAAUGGCAAUCCACAGCCUAGGUACAAACCAAUAACAAAAUGUUGCUUGACCUUAAGCUAUAACCCUGAUACUCAUAUUUGCUGCAAUGAUGUUGUGACUAAAAAGCAAAAUAAUAGUGAUUAUGUAUGUUGUGGUAACACUACCAUUGAUACAAACACCCAGAUUUGUUGUAUGGAUACCCCACAGCCGAAGACAGGAAACCAGACGAAUUGCUGCAUGAAAGUGAGUUAUGAUGCCGCAAACUUUAUAUGUUGUGACGAGGGAGUCCGAAAGAAAACUAGUCCAGACGAUACAUGCUGUUGUGGAUCUAAAUAUACAUUCAACCCAGAUACAGAAGUAUGUUGCCAGGGGGAAAUGCCUCAAGAACGAAUUGGCGGGCCUGUCCUGCAAAUGUUGUGGAUACAAAAGCUUCGAUUCUUCUGCAAAAAUAUGCUGCAACGAAACGCUUGUAAAUAAGAAGAAACCGAGCGAUGAAUGUUGUUGUGGAGAUACGUCGAUCGAUCCAACCAGUGAAAUCUGCUGUUUACGGAAAC